GCGAUAAGUGAUGCUGCACCUGCGCGGACGGACCGAGUCUGCGCACAACGACCUCUGCAGCUGAGCAGCUCAUCACCUUUCGCUGGCUUGUCAAAGCGUGCGUCUUAACUGAUUUUAAUAGAAGGCGCCAUGGCUGACGCAGCUAUAUCAUUUGCAAAAGAUUUUCUAGCCGGCGGGGUUGCGGCUGCCAUUUCUAAAACAGCCGUCGCGCCAAUUGAGAGAGUGAAACUGCUUCUGCAGGUGCAACAUGCCAGCAAACAAAUCAGUGCUGACAAACAGUACAAAGGGAUUAUCGACUGUGUUGUGAGGAUUCCCAAAGAGCAAGGCUUUGCCUCCUUCUGGCGUGGUAAUUUAGCCAAUGUCAUCCGAUACUUCCCCACUCAAGCCCUCAACUUUGCCUUUAAGGACAAAUAUAAGCAGAUCUUCUUGGGUGGUGUUGACAAGCACACUCAAUUCUGGCGCUAUUUUGCUGGAAACCUGGCAUCUGGUGGUGCAGCAGGAGCCACAUCCCUUUGUUUCGUCUAUCCCCUUGACUUCGCCCGUACCCGUUUGGCAGCUGAUGUGGGAAAAGCCUCCUCCUCUAGAGAAUUCAAUGGCCUAGGUGAUUGCCUAACCAAGAUCUUCAAGUCUGAUGGAUUGCGAGGCCUGUAUCAGGGCUUUAAUGUGUCUGUGCAGGGCAUCAUCAUCUACAGGGCAGCUUACUUUGGGAUCUAUGACACAGCUAAAGGCAUGCUUCCUGAUCCCAAGAACACCCACAUUGUGGUUAGCUGGAUGAUUGCACAGAGUGUCACAGCAGUGGCUGGUGUGAUUUCUUACCCGUUUGACACUGUGAGGCGUCGCAUGAUGAUGCAAUCUGGACGCAAAGGAGCUGACAUUAUGUACACCGGGACACUUGACUGCUGGAGGAAGAUCGCACGCGACGAAGGCUCUAAUGCAUUCUAUAAAGGAGCUUGGUCUAAUGUUCUCCGAGGCAUGGGAGGUGCUUUUGUGCUUGUGCUAUAUGAUGAAUUUAAAAAAUUUGUUUGAUCAUAUCAGGCAAGUAGUAAGAAUACAAAAAUCUAUCAUAUAACCGAUCUAAUUGCUAAAGCUAUUCAUGCUUUCCUCAAACAUUGUUCUCUCUGCAGCGUGUAGCUAGGUAUCUAUGUAAAAGGCCAGGAUAUAUCCUUUAUAUAAUUUUAUCUGUGUAGCAUUUAUUUAAACACUAUGCAAAAUAGUGUCUAUAAACAUCUAAAACAGUCGAGAAUUGUUUUCUUGUGUAUGAACACUUGUCACAUAGUGUGCAGCAACGAUUUAUCUUCAUUAGAUUAAAUAAUGAGAUAGCAACGUACUACUUAAAGUCUCUAAUAACAAGAACAGAAAGACUGAUAACGGAUCAACCACAGCAAGUUAAAAUUUUAGCCGUGAAAAUUCUAUUCUUCUCCCCCCAAAGUUGAAUAAGCAUGGACUUGGCUGAUUCAGAGAUGUAUUCAAAAUGAUGUUUAAACAUUCCUCCUUGUGAACUGGGGAAUAUUCAUCGCAGUGAAAGGCUCCAACAGUGUUACCACACAGCCAGAGGAAUGGUCUUCGCCCGGGCGAUAUGACAAAGUUUUUUCGUGGAACACCGCUUAAAGUAUUUUCCUUCUGAAGCAAUGAGGAAGGUUGUAUUUUCAUGGUAAUUUUCUUGUCAGUGUGUCAAGUUAUGUAAGUCUUAUUUCGAUUAAUUAGACCCCAUUAUCAGAAUGUGAACAAUAAGGUGAAAAGGACAGUUUGUGUUUCCAUGGAACAAUGAAAUGAGACAUCGCUGAGACAUUUCCAGAGAAUUUAUUCUUGACCAGACAGCAGGAAUGCUUGUAAACACAAUAAAAGUGAAUACCUCA